UCCGAGCUCCUCGACGACCUCUCCCAUGAUGCUUUGCUGGGCCAGCUGCUCAGCGACCCUUUCCUGUCCGGAGUGAGGGGCGGCGUGGAGGCCAUGGAGGGGGAGGACGGGGGAGACCUGUCCCCGUCGUCCCCUCUGCCUCCUCACAUCACGGCCGAGCACAGCUACUCGCUCUGCGGGGACAGCCGGCCUCAGUCGCCGCUGUCGCACCUGACCGGAGAGCACGGCAGUGAAGCAGGAGAGUCUGACGGGGAUUCAUCCGAGUGGCCGAUGGAGCAGGACGAGGCCAUCGAAAGCCUCCUGUGCGAGACCCCCUCCCUCCUCCCCACCCUCUCCCUCUCUCUGACCACAGCGGGGGCCCCAGCACCCGAGGACCCCACCGUGGCCCCUGCUGCUGCUGCUGCUGCUGCUGUUGCUGCAGUUCCAUCCACCCCAGUUCAACCCCCGGUGAACAGCAACAACCAGGGCAAAGGCAUCAAGAUUAAGGAGGAGAACAUUGUCCCCCAGAUAAAACUGGAACCUCAUGAAGUGGACCAGUUUCUCAAUCUUUCCCCCAAAGGUCUGGAGUCUCUACAGAUGCCUCCCACUCCUCCCAGCUCCCACGGCAGCGACUCAGAGGGCAGCCAGAGCCCGUUCACGCCCGCCCAGCCUCUCCUGCCCCACCUCCCCCACCAGCCCUCCACCAUCACAGGCCAGCCUGAAGUGUCGCCCCGCACUGCUUCAUGUCUCUCCAACUCCCCUCUGCUCACCGCCCCUCAUAAGCUGCAGGGGUCGGGUCCGUUGAUCCUGACUGAAGAAGAGCGCCGCACGCUGGUGGCCGAAGGUUAUCCUGUCCCCACCAAACUGCCGCUCACCAAAGCCGAGGAGAAGGCGCUGAAGAAGAUCCGCAGGAAGAUCAAAAAUAAGAUUUCAGCUCAGGAGAGUCGCAGGAAGAAGAAAGAGUACAUGGACACUCUGGAGAAGAAGGUGGAGAACUGCUCCAACGAAAACCACGAGCUGCGGAGGAAAAUGGAAACUCUGGAGUGUACCAACAAGUCUCUGCUGCAGCAGCUGCAGUCGCUGCAGGCGAUGGUGGCCGGCAAAAUCCCCAAAUCCUGCCGGGUGGCUGGUACCCAGACCUCCUCAUGCCUAAUGGUGGUCGUGUUGUGUUUCUCUCUGUUUUUGGGGAGUUUCUACCCCAGCAGUUUGACUCCGGCCUCCAGCGUCACUGAAACCGGCUUCACAUCCAAACAGCUGACUGUCAAAGACUCGUAUUUGGCUACAGUAAAAUCGAGGAGUCUGUUAUCGACCUUCGAAGAAGAGCAGCCGCACCUCCUCGGCCUGGGCGGAGAAUAUCCCGACCAAUGGGAGGACACGUCAGCUGUCGUCAUGGCGGCGUGGCGUCGCUCAGAGCAACAAAAACUGGCGGUGGAGCCCGGCAGGGUGGAGACACACCCGCUUUUCAGGAGCAAAAGCAACGACACGCAGACAUCGAAAAACCUGCUCAUGGAUAUGCACAGGUCUCUGGAUCAGCGGGCGAACGAGAGCAGCAGUAAAGUGAUAGAGCUGGAGCGAACGGUCAACGAGACCUCCUGAGGUUCAUGUAAACAAGCCCCUCCCCCCCCCCACCCUAAACCCUGUGAUGACCCCCCUCCUCUCUGGAGCAUGGUUCAGUGUCCUGGAGUAAACCUCAUACAGUAGUUCCCACUGCUGAUCGUUUAAGGUCUUUUCUUUUUCUACAUCAGAUACACUGUAAUAAUAAUAAAUAAUAAUAUUAAUAGUAUGAACUAAGAGGCACUGGUUUGCCUCAUUUCUGAAGUAAAGUUGCACUGAAUAGUUUUUACGAGUCAACUUCCCGGUUGUAUCUGUCACCCCCUGAUUGAUGCGGCUUAAAACACUGCAAAAAAAAAAAGAUGAAAUCAUAACACGCUGUAAAAAAAUGUAGCGUUGCAUUUACUCCAAUGGAAAGUAAAUUAAAAUAUAACGUGGGGCUUUUUACAGGACACUGACGAGAACCUUUGAACCUUUUGUAUUUAUAGAAACCUGUUUUUUUUAUUUUGCAUAAAAAAUAUUGCUCUUUUUUUAGUUUGUAUUUCUUUAACUGUUGAAUCUUUUUAUUUCAUUCCAGUGAUGAGAAAGUGCCUGUUUUGAUAUUCUUUUAUGUUCAUAAUGUAUUUUUUAUGUUAUCCUACUCUUUUAUAUAUAUUGUACAUGUGAGGGCUUAGCUUGGUGAUCCCGCGCUCGUUUCUGAAAAAAAUUCAGAAUUUUCAUUUGUUUUUGUAUCUUCACAAACGAAAACGGAUUAUUGAAUCAUGACCAUAUUUGGGUUGUUUAUCCCCAAAUUUGUGAUUUCCUGUUAAUGGAUUCUGACUGAAAUUAUGAAUAUUUUUGUUUUCCAACUGUAAACUAUUGACUUCCCCCCCCCCCCCUACCCGACAAAUUUUACACCCUGCUAGCUUUACUUCAGUCAUAUUUCUUUAGCUCUGUCACUAUGACUAAAAUAUUUCAAUCUCAGUGUUUGGCUAAAGUUUUGGUUUAUUCUUAAAAGCAUUUCAUUAAACUGUUUUUUUCAUAAUACACAUAAACGACCUAUAAUUCACCCAAUAAUAUUAAUCUUUUCUUACAGAAGUUUGACUUUUUCUUUUUGUAAAGCUUAAGAGAAAUGAGACGAGAGUGUGAAACAUCUUAGUCAUAGCUAUCUGUUGAAGCUACAGGUAGCAUCUUGGUCAAACAAGCUAUGUGGCUCUUUCUAAAAGUAAUAUCAACUAUCCACAUCUCUAAAAGUUCUUAACUUACAAAUAUUUACUUUUAUUUCACAAACUUAAGAUAUGCUAGGAGACUAAUUUUAUUACUUUAGAUCGAGCCUAGCUUGCUCGUUUCUCGUUUUUUCAAUCUGUAAUCUUCUCUUCUAUUUCCUGUCUAGAAAGCAGGUAACCCCCCCCACCCUCUCCCCUCCCCCCAUAGGUCAAACUUUGUCUUUUUAAAUUGUUAAAAAAAAAACAACACCCUGCACUGACUUUGAACGUGAAACACUUUUUUGCCUUAAACACAUUUGUACUGUUAGCUAAAAGAGUCUUUAUCUGCUUUCUCUCAGCAUUUGCCAAAAACAUUUCUUUUCCCAGAAAUGAUAAAAAAAAAUAAAAGUAUCUAUUUUUGUAAAUAUAAGUUGUGAAUAAAUAAGGAAGUCUAAACGUG